CGCAACGUGUACUGGCAGCCGGGCAUGCUCCGCUGGGCCCGAGCCUGGGGGCUCCCCCUUGGGGGCCGCGGGCCCUCCCGCCCCAGCUUCUCAAGGGUCCCCGUCGCAACCAGCAGCGGCGGCGGCGGAGGCGGGGCCGAACCGAGGCCGCUGCCGCUUUCCUACACGCUCCUGGACGGGGAGGCCGGCAGCCCCGCCCUCGUCUUUCUGCACGGGCUCUGCGGCUGCAGGAACAACUUCAGCUCCAUCGCCAAGGCCGUGGCCCAGCAGACGGGCAGGAAGGUGCUGACAGUGGAUGCCCGGAACCAUGGUGACAGCCCCCACAGCCCAGACAUGAGCUACGAGGCCAUGAGCCAGGACCUUCAGGACCUCCUGCCCCAGCUGGGCCUGGUGCCCUGUGUCCUCGUUGGCCACAGCAUGGGAGGCAAGACAGCCAUGCUGCUGGCACUGCAGAGGCCAGACCUGGUGGACCGCCUGAUUGCUGUGGACAUCAGCCCAGCAAGGACCACGUCCAUCUCAGACUUCCCGUCCUACUUGGCUGCCAUGAGGUCCUUAGACAUCCCAGAUGAGCUACCCCGCUCCCGUGCCCGCAAACUGGCUGAUGAGCAGCUCAGCCCUGUCAUCCAGGACAUAGUCACACGGCAGUUCCUGCUCACAAACCUGGUGGAGGUGGAUGGGCGCUUUGUGUGGAGGGUGAACUUGGAUGCUUUGGCCCAACAUAUGCAGGAGAUUUUGGCCUUCCCACCUCGACAGGAAUCUUACCCCGGGCCAACCCUCUUCCUCCUUGGUGGCAACUCCCAAUACGUGCACCCCAGUCACCAUCCUGAGAUUAGGAGACUCUUUCCUCGGGCCCAGAUGCAGACGGUGCUGAACGCUGGCCACUGGGUUCACGCUGACCGCCCGCAGGACUUCAUAGCUGCCAUCCGAGGCUUCCUGGCCUGAGAGCUCUGCAGUGCUCGCAGGAGGAGGUGUGAACCCCCAGGCUUCAAGGCCCUACAGCCUCCCCAUGUUUGUGCACAGAGGGGUUCAGGCAGGCACUGAAAGGGCACAGGUGUACAGAGGAGGUCAGGCCUGAAGUUUUAAUAAAGAUGCUGCUGCCAAGGCACUGGGCUGAGCUUUGUCAUCACCAACGCCCCCACCGACCCAGGGGGGAUCGGGCCCAGGACACCCCUGCAGUUCCAGGGUCCACGUGGCCUCCCAGAGAGCCCCUGGACUCUCUCUGCAGCUGACUCUGGACCCGUUGCCUCACCAGCUGUCGCAUGUCCUCCUGUGGGUGGGAGAGCAGGUUCAGGGGCCAACCUGGGCCCUCGCCCUCCCCUCCCGGGCCUGGCCAGCAGUCCCGCUCUACCUCCCAGGCUUCCACCUCCUGCCUCAGUCGCAGCUUCUCUUCCAGGAGUUCUAGCAGCUGGGCUUCCACAGCUCGCAGCUUGGCUCGGCACGUGUCCAGCUCAGCCUCCACGGCCUGCUUCCUGUGGGGGUAGGGAGGGUGGCCUGGGCCUCAGGCCCGCAGA